AUGGAGGCCCCUCUUCUGCAGCUGCCCCCAAGGCUGCUCCUGCUGGGGGCAGCUGCCCUGACUGCGUCUGCUCUGGAGACAGCCGGCCUGGUGGACCUCUGCGGACAGACGUGGCAGGGGGACGGGCUGCUCAGGUUCUAUUUCGUCGCCCCGGACACCGACUGCGGGCUCUGGGUGCGGGCGGUGACCCCCAGCGACAGAAUCCGCUUCCAGUUCCGCUUCUCCUACAGCCUGACCUCGCCAUCUCCAGCAUCCCCCGCGCCGGAUGCCUGCACCCCAGCGUCUGCGGAGGCGUGCGCUUCCGGCUUCUACCUGCAGUUCUACUGGGGUCCGCCGGCAGCGCCCUGGCCCCUGGGCGCGCCUCUCUGCGCCCCGACUACCCCUGUCCCGGUGGCGUCCCCUGGGGACUUCCUGGGCCACCGUCUGGUCACGACAGGUUGCCAGCCCCGCGUGGACUUCGUGGGCAAAGUCACCUCUUUCUGGUUGGGUGGGUUAGGCCGCCAUCAUCGCUGUCAACAUCGGUGUGCACCCUCGCCCCUGAGCCUGGCAAGCCACCUCUAGGGCAUGGACAACUGUAGCGAUGGCAGUGACCAGGCUUCCUGGCCACCAGCCAACUGCAGAGGUGCCUCUCUGAUGCCUGGCCAGGAGGGAGUACGGAUGAUACCUCCAAGCCCCCGACUGUCUCCGCAGCUCUUGGCUGGGCAGGCCCCCUCCAGAUUGCAGCCCAGAGUGGACGCCCAGCAGGCCACGGCCCGGCACGGCAGGAUGCAGCUCCGGAAGUUGGCACUAAAGAGCUUUUGCUACCCAGAGGAGGGUGGCAAAGGCCACUGCGACGCCCUCUGCUCCUAG